AUGGGCGACCAGUUCAGGCCUAAGCCUAGCGUUUGGCGGACGACCGCGCCGCUGCAGUCGAUGAGGCAGCAGUAUCAACACAACCGGCAGAUCUAUUCUACAAGUAAUGCCACUGCGCUUGUUGCUGGGCGGAAGCGGGCCUAUGAUGCAUACUCGUCUCACAAUCUCAAUCAGACUGGUGCGGCACCACAGGGACGAGCCCCGCCUCCCCCUCUUCGCCCUACUAGUGUGAAUAGCAAAGCCGCGGAUGAACCACCAAGGCUAGUUGCAAGUCGUAUUGAAUAUGCAGACGGCUCUGUCGUCAGAGAACAGCCAUCCGAGUACUCGCAAAGACAGGUUUUUGCCGCCACACCAACAUCAACCGUUGAUCACUUGCUUUCCCUCUCGCAUCCAGCCUACGGGUUCCCCCCACAGCUCGUAACUAACUUUGCUGCUCUAGGCAUUAAGACCAUCUAUCCGUGGCAGAAACAAUGCCUUCGCGGCCCUGGCCUUCUAAACGGGGACCGGAACCUAGUCUACAGCGCCCCCACAGGCGGCGGCAAGUCGCUGGUUGCUGAUGUUCUCAUGCUGAAGCGCGUCCUUGAAGACCGCGACGCCAAGGCCAUCUUGGUGCUGCCCUAUGUUGCUCUUGUCCAGGAGAAGGUCCGGUGGCUCCGGAACAUCGUGAGCGGCAUCUCGCGCGCGGAACUCGAACAAAACGAGCCAGAUGAGAAGCCGGGGUUCUGGGCCCCGAGGGCGGACAAAGAUACCAUCCGAGUGGUUGGUUUCUUUGGCGGGAACAAGAUCAGGGCCACAUGGGCUGAUUUCGAUAUUGCAGUCUGUACUAUGGAAAAGGCAACCAUUGAGGAUUGCUCCAUCUCCGCGUUGCGGGCUGUUGUCUUGGACGAGUGUCAUAUGAUUGAUGACGGGUAUCGAGGGUAUUUGCUGGAACUUAUGGGUACCAAGCUGCUAUGUCUCGGCCAGCCAGUUCAGAUCAUCGGCAUGAGCGCCACUCUAACGAAUAUUGAGCUCCUCAAAAACUGGUUGCAAGGCCAUUCAUACGAGACUCACUACCGCCCAGUUCCAAUCGAAGAGCACUUGGUAUACGACGGGAAGGUCUAUGCCGCAACAACCACUGCCAGUCUCCUAAAAACCGUCACCCAACUAGAGUCAAAGAGUCAAUUUAGCCAACCCGGGUUGCAACCGCUGAGAAUCAUUCAGGCGUCUGAUACUAAAGAAUUCAAGGACCCGGUCCGGAAUGCCGUCGUUGCCCUUGCCAAUGAAACCGCCAGGGCCGGCUAUGGGGUACUGGUAUUCUCCAACAGUCGUGCCGGCUGUGAGUCGGAUGCCGUCCUGAUAAGCCGAGUUUUGCCAACACUCGAAGAAGCCGACCCCGCCAUCCAGGAGAAGAGGCUGGAUUUACUAAGUGACCUGCGCAAUUUAAGCACCGGGCUCGACCCAAAGUUGGAGCAGACUAUCCCCUUUGGCGUAGCCUUUCACCGCCGUCGUCGAUCUCAUGCAUUCAGAGCUUCCAGAAAUAUCAAGCUGCCUGAUUUCGGACAAGCGCCGUAUUCAAAGGUUUAUCCAUCCCUCAGCCCUGGUUACAAAUGCAAAACCAUGCUCGCUUACUCGGCGGAGCCACAAUCGAUCCAGGAUCAUGUCGAAGCAAGCAUUGCCGACCUCCAAAACAUGAGGUUUAUCGACAUUGAUGACGAUGGCGACUUCCAGGCCACGCUGUUGGGUAAAGCUGUUGUUGCGUCGUCGCUUGAUCCCGAAGACGGCAUCUUCGUCCAUAACGAACUAAAGAAGGCGUUGAAGGCGUUUGUGCUAGAUGGCGAUAUGCAUGUUCUCUACAAUUUCACUCCUGUCCACGACCUUGACGGCGUUCAAGUCAACUGGAAGGUCUUUUGGCACGAGAUGCAAUAUCUCGAUGCCAGCGGCUUCAGGGUCAUGGAUUUAUUGGGCCUCAAGCCUUUUAUAGUCGACAAAAUGCUUUCUGGGGGUAUUAUGAAGGAGUCAACGGACAAGGAAAAGGAAGAUGCGCGACGCUACCACCGAUUCUACCUCGCGCUGCAGCUGCGGGAUCUCUGCAACGAGAAGCCCAUACACCAGGUCGCGGAGAAGUACGACAUGCCGCGUGGGUCGGUCCAGAAUCUGGCCCAGACCUGCGAGGGGUUCGCUGCCGGGAUGAUUAAAUUCUGCGAGACGAUGGGGUGGGGGGCCAUGGCGGCUGCACUUGACCACUUCUCGGACCGACUGAAGGCGGGGGCCAGAUCUGACCUUCUGGCGCUUGCCAAAAUCACGUUUGUGAAGAGCAGGACGGCGCGGAUUUUCUGGGACAACGGCCUGAAGACGGUCGCGGCGGUCGCUAAUGCGGAUCCGAAGGAGCUGCUGCCGGUUUUGAUGCAAGCGCAGCCCAACAAGGUGAAGUUGGGGGCCAAGGACGAGCAAAAGUUCAAGGACAAACUGCUUGCGAAAGCAAAGAUCAUCGCCGACUCAGCGAACAGGCUAUGGCGUAAGCGCGACCCCUAUGGAAGGCCGAGAUGCAGUUGGAGAUGGAGGAAGAAUAACAGGGCGCCGGCUUCCAAUAUCGUCUACUCGGGCUCUGUUGGGAGCAUUGGAUCCUUUGGGAGACGAGAAGACCCUAUCGCCCGGCGUGGCGUUGCAGGAGCAUCGGGGAAGUACGGGCGUGACAUUAUGGAUAGGAGAUGUCUGGACCUUGGGUGCAUUAUUGUUUUCGCACCGAGGAGGUUGACAAAAAGGCCCGGCGAGGUCUUGGCCUCCAUGUCACAGGGGGGGUCAGCCAGGGGGUGUGUUCUCUGGAAGGGAGGUCGGUUCAAUCAAUGGAAGUUACCUUUACGGGCAGGCAGACGGGGCAUGGCGCAUGCGCGUCGUCCGAAGAUUCGCGCCAUGCAUGACAGGGCCAUGACCAGCAUCCAUGAGGGGGGUUCCAUUAGUCCCUCAAGCAUGUGA